CCAGCAAUGAUAUCCUCACUGCUCCUGGCCUUCCUCUUCCUGGCUCCGGCUACAGUGGCCAUUCCCAGAGCUGACAGUCAGUGUCUGGCAUGUGGAGGACCCGCCUUGGACUUGGAUCGCCAGCGGGAGCUGCUUCUUGACCUGGCCAAGAGAAGCAUCUUGGACAAGCUACAUCUCAGCCAGCGCCCAACACUGAGUCGGCCUGUGUCCAGAGCUGCUCUGAGGACUGUGCUGCAGCGCCUCCAUGGGCCCCCGCAGGGGAUACUUCUGGAGGCUGACAGGGAACAGGAAUAUGAGAUCAUCAGCUUUGCUGACGCAGGCCUUUCCAACAUCAACCAGACUCGUCUUGAUUUCCACUUCUCCUCUGAUAGAACUGCUAGUGGCAUGCAGAUCCAGCAGGCCAGCCUCAUGUUCUUUGUACAGCUCCCUCCCAAUACCACCACCUUGCCUUUGAGGCUGAAGAUCCUUGUGCUAGGCUCACAUGACACCAACCUCACCUGGGCCACUCAGCAGCUGCUGGAGGUGGAUGCCAGUGGCUGGCACCAGCUCUUCCUGGGGCCUGAAGCUCAGGCUGCCUUCAGCCAGGGGCACUUGACCCUGGAGCUAGUACUUGAAGGCCAAGGAGCCCAGAGCUCAAUCAUACUGGGUGGGGCUGCCCAUAGGCCUUUUGUGGCAGCCAAGGUGAAAGUUGGGGGCAAACACCAGCUUCACCGGCGAGGCAUCGACUGCCAGGGUGGGUCAAGGAUGUGCUGCCGACGAGAGUUCUUUGUGGACUUCCGUGAGAUUGGCUGGCACGACUGGAUCAUCCAGCCUGAGGGCUAUGCAAUGAACUUCUGCACAGGGCAGUGCCCACUACAUGUGGCAGGCAUGCCUGGCAUUGCUGCCUCCUUCCACACUGCAGUGCUCAAUCUUCUCAAGGCCAAUACAGCUGCAGGCACUGCUGGAGGGGGCUCAUGCUGUGUGCCCACGGCCCGGCGCCCCCUGUCUCUGCUCUACUAUGACAGGGACAGCAACAUUGUCAAGACUGACAUACCUGACAUGGUGGUAGAGGCCUGUGGGUGCAGUUAG